GAAGUAAUUAUAUUGAGGCAGAACUAGUUCCAAUUCAUUAUCACACGCAACUUGGCAAUAUCCCAACCAUUCUCCGGUUGAUAAUGGUGAUGAUGAUCCUCUGAUAAUAUGUUACGCCUAACACCAACCACACUCUCCUUAACCAUAGCAGAGGUUAAGGAGUUUGAACGUCAUCUUCGAUUUAAGAAGUAUCUUGCUAAAGAAGAUACUCUGGGUAAUUUACCUAUACGUACCAAGAAAACGAUUCCUGUAGCUAAGAGCAGCGAGACGGAAUAUAACGUUUUAAACCAGCCAACCCCGGAACUUAUCUCCAAAAGGUCAUCUACCACAAGCGUUAAAGAAAGCCCUAAACUUCUAUCAUGUCCGCCCCGACCACCAAAGCCCGGCGGUGACUCUGUUGAAAGUAGCUCUCAGGGUAUACCAUCUUCCUCGCAAAGAUCUUCCUCGCAAAGUGGUACCCCAAGCUCCUCGAACUUGUCGCAUCCUGUGGGUUGGGGAAACUUGCCAACGACGCUGCCUCCGCCAUUCUCCAAAGAAAAACGAUCCGUAUCAGACGCGCAAUCACUACCCUCGAACUCUAGCAGCAUGCAGGUGAAGCCUCACCGCAACAGCUCCAGCCAAGAACCACCAGAAACGCCCCCUAGACGAUCGUCUCUUCGGAUGGCGCAUACUGACGUUCGGUCGGGUUCUCUAUCCCUUAGAGGUAGGAGACGGCUUGUCAGUUCAGCGGUUAGAUUCGGAGAGUCUAUCGUCCGUUCUCUAGGGCGCGGCUCUCCGUCGCCAUCGCCAUCGCCGCACGCUAGUAGCUCCGAGUCUGGUUCUCCGGGGCGGAGGGAUGAGCUAGAACCAACAAGCGGGGCGGAACUUGGAUUUAUUAUCUACAACGACUCUCUUCCAGCAUCGUCGCAGCCGCAGACACCACUCAAUCUCCCAGAAACGCGCCACCAAAGUCGUCUCCACGGAGCGUACACUGCGCCUGUUCCACGGGCAGCCUCUCGAUCGGCAUACAGGUCCAACACUGUGAGGGGAAUGGGGGAUACCACCAGCAGUCCAUCCGGUCUGGAGACACCCGGAUUCCGAGGUCUUUACAGCGGCCGAGAGAAUACCGAGGACUCAACGCUGUUCUAUGAGGCAUCGAUAUUCCAGGAAGAAGGCCCAGUAGAGGGUGAAUAAGAUUGAUAAGAUGAACAAACGGGCAUUUUUUAGAUGAAGAUCAUACGUCCUAAAGGGUCAACGACUCGUGAGCAUACUCAGCCAACAAAGCUUUACUACUUCGUACACUCGGCGAGAUGGUUAGGUACACACGAAGAAACAACAGGUUAUCAAGCAUAUCAUCAUCAUCAAACCUGUUUUAAUUUCUAUGCAGGUGAUGCAUGAGGGCGACCAGAGACUUGCUUUGUCGUAUAUUUAGACAAAGUUGAACCUGUAGAGUUAUUGCAGAAUAAUGCAUUCAUCUUAUUACCGGCCCUAUUCUCUCAAGUUCCAAAAAUGUCUGAUAAAAGGUAUGGAUGAGUACCUCCUAACCUCCUAACCUCCUAAUGCAUAGAUGCAACAAAGGAAUGACGCAAACAGUUGAGACGGGAAUCCAAAUAGUUGGGGGGGGACCGGAUAUGAAUAGCAUCGUCAAUGAUGUUUUCUAAUCUGCAAAGAAGAGGAGAAACAAACGCACGGUAGACCUGCAUCCCCGGCCGAUUCCUUUUUCUUCUCCCAUCCCCAUCCUUCUUACAAGGUAUCCUUCUUACAAGGUAGUGCCCAUCUUUCUAUCUCUUGGUGGAGAUGGGAUUAGUGUCGGCUAAUUAGUUUUUCCUGCACUCUUGUUACCUAACGUAAGGCAUCUCUUAGCAUUGAG